AUGAGUGAUCCAGGCAGUACGUUGGCAAGAGAAGAGUCGAUGACCGACUAUGUCUGGAACGAGCUCACUCUUGACCAGCUUGCAGAUAUGUCUGAUGAUGACUUCACCAAGACAUUGCAACAGUGGAAAAGCUGCCCUUCGUAUGGCGAGUCAAACGACAGUCUCUACGAUUUCAUCGAAAGAGCACAGCAGAAGAUGGCCGAUGAGCUAGAUAGCUUACCGCAGAAUAUCGAGGACACGUUUCAUGAGUACUUCACACAGGAUGGUCAUGGUGAGUGCUCCAACGAAGAAGGCUGGCCAGGCGGAGCAACCGAUGAUGCUGCUGCAAGCUCUUGUACGUCAAACUAA